AUGGUGAGACCAUUUGUUUGUGACUAUGAAGGGUGUGGCAAGGCCUUCGUCAGGGACUACCAUCUCAGUCGUCACGCCCUAAUUCAUACUGGAGAAAAGUCAUUUGUUUGUGCAGCUACUGGCUGUGAUCAAAAAUUCAACACAAAAUCAAACUUGAAGAAACAUUUUGAACGUAAACAUGAAAAUCAGCAAAAACAAUAUGUAUGCAAUUUUGAAGGCUGUAAGGAGACCUUUAAGAAACAUCAGCAGCUGAAAAUUCAUCAGUGCCAGCAUAACAGUGAACCACUGUUCAAGUGCACCCAGGAGGGAUGUGGGAAGCACUUUGCGUCACCCAGCCAUCUGAAGCGACAUGGGAAGGUCCAUGAGGGCUAUAUAUGUCAAAAGGGAUGUUCCUUUGUGGCAAAAACCUGGACAGAACUUCUGAAACAUGUGAGAGAAACCCAUAAAGAGGAAAUAACAUGUGAAGUAUGCCGGAAAACAUUUAAACGCAAAGAUUACCUUAAGCAACAUAUGAAAACUCAUGCCCUAGAAAGGGAUGUGUGUCGAUGUCCAAGAGAAGGCUGUGGUAGAACCUACACAACUGUGUUUAACCUCCAGAGCCAUAUUCUCUCUUUUCAUGAGGAAAAGCGCCCAUUUGUGUGUGAACAUGCUGGCUGUGGCAAAACAUUUGCAAUGAAACAAAGUCUCACGAGGCAUGCUGUUGUGCAUGAUCCUGACAAGAAGAAAAUGAAGCUCAAAGUAAAGCCAUCUCGUGAAAAAAGGAGUUUGGCCUCUCGUCUCAGUGGAUAUAUCCCUCCUAAAAGGAAACAGGAGCAAAGCUUAUCUUUGCCUCAAAACGGAGAGUCACUGAACUGUAAGGAAGACAACGUGCUCUCUACAGUCGCAAUACUUACCCUCAACUAAACACCACAUUGCUUUGUUUAAAGGACUGCAGGCCAGUGAGCUCAGUUAUUUUCUCUCAGAGGCUGAUUCUUCUUUAUUAAAAUCAUUGAUGUAGAAUAUUUGAUUCCUUA